AUGGACCUCUUCCUCGGAAAGGUUACCCAACAUGCUAUGAACUAUGCCAUCCGUUCAGGGAUUGGGCUCACGGCAUCCUUCGCCAUCAGACAGUCUGCAAAGCUCAUGACCAAUGCACCAAAGAGUGCGGUUCGAGACAAACUCUAUGAGCUACAGCAACGUCUUCAAUCCAAAAUUCAAAUUGUAUCCCCAGCCAUCGAUAUGAUCGAGCUAAUUGCUGCUAGAGGGAAUACGUCCUUGGAGUCUGCUGUGGCACUGACAAAGGAAUUACGUCUGGAUAUUCAAUCUUUGGCACAGAGACUGGCUGCUGCAAAUGCAGCUGAAGUAGCAGCAAAGAAGGCCAAGUUCAACAGUCAAGCACAUACAAAGAACGAGCUCGAACUCGAAAGCCUGUGUUCUGCCACUAAAAAACUUCUGGAGAAGAUCGAAGAUGCAGUCCCGCUUAUCAACUUAGCUAUCACUACAUCUGGCGCCAGUCUGUCAACCUCGUUGCCUCAUACUGUCUCUCCAUCUCGACUGUUGCAGGCCAGCACUUUGAUCACAGCUGGCGAUACGCAAUAUGCACUUCAUCCAAGUGAGGCAGUACAAAUUGGACCAACCUUCACCCUGAGCGUGUACAUGCUCUUUGCCGGCCAUGAUCGCCCACAAAACGAAGAAGAGAUCAGAGAGACUACCUGGAAGGAAGUCAUUCACAAAGCCAGACUAAAACUGCGCCGAGUGCCACUUGAUCACGUCGGCCAUGCGGGUUCGGUGCCGCACGCCACACCUUCAACUCAUAUUAACCCUCCAGGUAUGACCUCGGAUCUGUAUUCGUCUGUGAUAAUGCACGCAGACGCAAGAGCCGACGAGUACGCCUAUCAGUUGAUGAUAGUUGAAGAUUUUGAUGAUGAUAGAUAUCAUGAUUUUGAAGACACCGAGGCGCAACCUGGACCGUUCGACGAUGUGAAGCUUGCAGGCGUCCGUGAAGUGAUCCCAAUCCACGAAAUUUCAAAGAUCUUCUAUGCAGACACUAGUAAAGUGCUCAAUAUUGGUUCAGAUGCGGAGAGUAAUCAUCCAGUUCUUCUCCUUAAAAGAGACCUGAAUGCCAUCCCGCCCCGAAGAAUGAUGGAAGCCGCCAUGGCCGUAGGAGACGAUGAGGUUCACAUUGUCCAAGGAUCUGGCAUCCAGAAAUCUAUUGAAUCAGACUAUGCUACCCGGGAGUAUCAGGAGGACAACCACGACCCUUGGCGCCUGCCACAAUCUCUUGACCCCGAGUGGGUUGCUCUUGAAGUCUACACAGAAUCCGAAGCUAGUGACUCGGAAUCUGAACUCGACACGCAAGAAGAAAUCAGCUCCCGGUCCUUGCUGCCUCAAUCACCAUCCCCUUCUCAUCUGGUGGACUCUCUUUCGAAAAUGCACCUCAAUCCCAAUUCAUCCGCCCAGUCUCUCGAUUCCCCAGCCUCACCAUCAAAGAACCUUCCAACAUCACAGCAACCACCAUGGGCCAACCAGAUCCGCACGUCCCUAUCCCUCCUCGAGCUCCUCCUCCGCCUGACCUCCCUACAACAAUUCCAACAACAACGCCAUCUCAGCAUCACAGACGAACUCCUGAACUUCUUCCUCGAGGAGUCUGCCUCUACUGGUGCUGGCGGCGACGAACGUUAUCGCCAGACCCUCCGUGCUGAUGCUCGUCGCCGUGUUGGCUGGGACCCCUACGAUGAAAGCCCCGUCAAGCGCCGUGGAGAGGAGUAUCUGGACCAUUACGCUGCCGAGGGGCCUGCUGGGUAUUCCGACGGCGUGAGCGAACAAUACACGCCGAGAAGCGCAAGCGGUAGCGCAAGAGGCACACCCAUCGGAGGUAGUGGCUUGAACGGCGCCGGGCUGGCCAGACGUGGAAGUGGACCAAAUGUUCGUUCGGGUACUGGAUCCUGGAGUCCACGCGAGGUAGACCGGAGUGCACGAUCUAUACCGACAAUGGCGGACUUCCAGGCCUCGCCAAGCCCAAGCCCGAGUCCGGGGCUGCGGCCUUCCCCAUCACCUAUCCCAAUGGCCUCGUCGAAUAACGCGGAUGGCAAGAAUUCCAGUCGAGCCCGUACUGGGAGCAGAACCGCGUGGUUGCAGCGAGAAGACGGUGUGCGUGGGAUCAGUAACAAUCUCAAGGGUAGUCCGCUGCGGCCGUCGACGGCAUUAACGGACGAAGGCAUCGGUACCAGUCCGAUGAGCGCUGGUAGUGGCAGUGCAGAUGAUAAUGCUGGUAGCGCCAGCAAGAGUUUUGGCCAUGGUUCAAGAUAA